AUGACACAAGAAAAUCACACUGAAGUCACAGACUUUUAUCUUCUGGGAUUUGGGGUCCAGCAUGAUAUUCAGUAUGUUCUCUUCAUAGUGUUUCUUGUCAUCUAUGUGACGUCCAUGGUGGUUAACACUGGGAUGAUCCUCCUCGUCAACACAGACUCCAGACUUCAGACCCCCAUGUACUUCUUCUUACAGCAUCUGGCUUUUGUUGAUAUCUGUUACACAUCUGCUAUCACACCUAAGAUGCUGCAAAACUUCAUAGUACAAAAUAAAUCAAUAACUUUUGGGGGAUGUUUAAUACAAUUAUUUAUUUAUGCAGUAUUUUCAACAAGUGACUGUUACCUCCUCGCUAUUAUGGCAGUGGACCGUUACAUCGCUAUCUGUAAGCCACUUCGCUACCCCAUAAUCAUGUCACGACAAGUCUGCAACCAGUUGGUAGCUGGUUCUUAUUUCAUGGGAUCACUAAAUUCCUCAUUGCACACAGGAUUUACAUUUUCACUGACCUUCUGUAAGUCAAAAAUCAAUCAUUUUUUCUGUGACAUCCCCCCCAUCAUCUCUCUUUCAUGCUACAACAAUGACAUUAACUUCAUGCUAAUUUUAAUCUUUGUGGGGUUUAACCUGAUGUUCACUGUGCUGGUUGUUAUCUUAUCCUACGUAUAUAUCAUGGCCGCCAUCUUAAAGAUGUCUUCUACUGCAGGAAGGAAGAAAACCUUCUCCACUUGUGCCUCCCACCUGACAGCAGUCACCAUUUUCUAUGGAACCCUUGCUUACAUGUACUUACAGCCCCAUUCUGAUCAGUCUGAGGAAAAUAUGAAAGUGGCCUCCAUAUUCUAUGGAAUUGUGAUUCCCAUGUUGAACCCUCUGAUCUAUAGCUUGAGAAAUAAGGAAGUAAAGGAUGCUAUUAAAGCCAUGGGGAAAAGGUUCUUUAGACUGGAUGUAAAUUACUAA